GACAUACAUACCAUACAUGUAUAUAUGUCUAUGGUAGAAAGUAGCAUACCUCGGUUUAUCUCGCGAUGUGACGUGACGCAGUAGGCUCUCUAAGCCAAUAAUUUAUCUCUAUCCCGACAGCGCCUAAGAAUGGGUAUCUCCCGGGAUAACUGGCACAAGCGCCGCAAGACCGGAGGGAAAAGGAAGCCCUAUCACAAGAAGAGGAAGUAUGAGCUCGGCCGUCCACCUGCAAACACAAAGAUUGGUCCCCGCCGUAUCCACACAGUGCGCGUCCGUGGUGGCAAUAAGAAGUACAGAGCUCUGAGACUAGACGUGGGAAACUUCUCCUGGGGGUCUGAAUGCUGUACCCGUAAGACCAGGAUCAUUGAUGUAGUCUACAAUGCCUCCAAUAAUGAGCUGGUGCGAACCAAGACACUGGUGAAGAACUGCAUCAUCCUGGUUGACAGCACCCCCUUUAGACAGUGGUAUGAGGGCCACUACGCCACUCCCCUUGGUCGCAAAAAGGGAGCAAAGCUGGCUCCUGAAGAGGACGAGGUGCUGAACAGGAAGAGGUCCAAGAAGGUCCAGAAGAAAUUCGAGGGGCGCAGGAAGAAGGGCAAGAUCAGCAGUCUACUGGAGGAGCAGUUCAUGCAGGGAAAGCUGCUAGCAUGCAUAGCCUCCAGGCCUGGGCAGUGUGGUAGAGCUGACGGCUACAUCCUGGAAGGUAAAGAGCUGGAAUUUUACCUGAGGAAGAUCAAGGCCAAGAGAGGCAAAUAGACACCUGAGGCUCGAAAUAGCCAAACAAUAGACAUUUUUCGCUCUUUAGAUGUUCUCUAUCCUGUGGACACUGGUGAAAAUAGACAUUUUAUUUAUUCUACAAGAAAGUUUGAUUGUUCUCUUCUUUGUACGUCGCUUUGGAUAAAAGCGUCUGCUAAAUGACUAAAUGUAAGAAAGUAUCCAUCUUGUCUCUGAAGGCACUUUUCAAACCCUUUUGUUGAUUGUUGUUUGCUGAUUUUUGUUGUUGUUUAUUCACAGUUAGUGAUUGCUGCAUAACCUUACCAAUUAUGGCUUUAAAAAUAAAACGUAUGGUAUGGCCCUGGUUACCAUUACAUC